AGCUUUUUUUGCUGCUUCUUUCCUCUCCUUUCUCUUUCUGCUUAGCUCCUUGCCUUCUGACACUGCUCCCAGUAUGGAGAACAAUCACUCUGUCCAGCUCUCGGGGGAAGCACAGUCAACACCUCCUCCAGAGGACAGUUCCUCAUCACCCCGUCAAAAUGGUCUGGAGAAGCACAAUGGUCGGGAUCCCUCCACCCCUGGGCAGCCACCAGAAAAGGAGGCAGGAAUGCAGCCUGAACAGGCAGCUUGUGACGUCUCUGAGGAGUUGGAUCGACGUCUGGAGGACAUCAUCAGCACAUACGGGUCAGCUGCCAGCACAGCAGGGCAGGUCUGCACCGAGCCCAAGGAGCAGCCUGAGCACCCAGACCCGCUGGACAAUGAGGACAGGGACUGUGAGGAGAUUGCUGAAGAGAGCGAGAGAGAACCCAUGGCUUCUGGAGAGUCCCCCACAGCCAAAGAGCCUGCCAGCAAUAAAGAGCAAAAAUUGGAGAAGAAAAUCCUAAAAGGAUUAGGCAAAGAAGCCAACCUGCUAAUGCAAAAUCUGAGCAAGUUGCAAACACCUGAAGAAAAGUUUGACUUUUUAUUCAAGAAGUACGCUGAAUUGCUGGAUGAACAUCGCACUGAGCAAAAGAAGCUAAAACUCCUCCAGAAGAGACAGGUACAAAUCCAAAAAGAAAAAGACCAGUUACAAAGUGAACACAGCAGAGCUGUCCUGGCUCGGAGCAAGCUGGAGAGUCUGUGCCGGGAGCUGCAAAGGCACAAUAAGACCCUGAAGGAGGAAACCCUUCAGCGGGCACGUGAGGAGGAAGAGAAGAGGAAGGAGAUCACAAGUCAUUUCCAGAACACCCUGACAGAUAUCCAGGCCCAGAUUGAGCAGCAGAGUGAGCGCAACAUGAAGCUGUGUCAGGAGAACACAGAACUCGCAGAGAAACUGAAGAGCAUCAUCGAUCAGUACGAGCUCAGGGAGGAGCAUCUGGACAAAAUAUUUAAGCACAGAGAACUGCAGCAGAAGCUGGUGGAUGCAAAACUUGAGGAGGCGCAAGAAAUGAUGAAAGAAGCUGAGGAACGACACGCACGCGAAAAGGAAUAUCUGCUGAGCCAGGCAGCAGAAUGGAAACUACAGGCCCAGGUGCUAAAGGAACAAGAGACAAUCCUGCAGACUCAGCUUACUCUCUACUCUGGGAGGUUUGAAGAAUUCCAGGGCACCCUGACAAAAAGCAAUGAGGUGUUUGCCACUUUCAAACAGGAAAUGGAUAAAACAACUAAAAAAAUGAAGAAGCUGGAGAAGGACACGGCCAUGUGGAAAGCCCGAUUUGAGAACUGCAACAAAGCUCUGCUGGACAUGAUUGAGGAGAAAGCAUUGAGAGCUAAAGAAUACGAGUGCUUCGUCAUGAAAAUUGGGAGGUUAGAGAACCUCUGCCGAGCUUUACAACAAGAGAGAAAUGAACUCUACAAAAAAAUUAGAGAAGCAAAAUUGCCCGAACAGGACGACCAAAGUCAGCCUACCUCCGAGGAAGAGGCAGAGUCGACAGUUCCCGUGGGUGAAGAGGUUGAUAUGAAGGAAGCCAGCAGUGUCCACAAUGCUGUAAAAAGUCUAGCCACAGCCUUCAUGGUGAUUCAGUCUCCAGAGCCUACCCCAGGCCAGUCCAAAGGACUCCAGCUGGAACUCAGCAGUCCUUCAAGGGGUGGUGACUCUGCCAUCAGGGAGCAGGAACAACCCCCUGUGAGCCCUUCAUGCCAUUCAGAGGACCCCCUCUCCCCCCCAACUUCUCAGGCUGAGGCUCAAGGAGGCAAUGAGGCCACUAGGCCCCCAGAGGAGUCCCAAGGAGAAAUCCAUGGAGCACAGGGUGAUCAGCAGACCCAAAAGCCAGGGGCAGAAGCUUCCAGUCAAACCCCACAGUCCCCAGCCAAGGCCCCCCAACAGGUGAUGGAGGCCAAUGGUUCUGUUCUACUACCCCUGGCAGGAGAGCAGAUUCCAGGUGGGGUACCUAGAUGUGAGCCCCAUAGGCAAGCCCCAGCAGCAGCAGAGGGGCCACCAACAGCAUCCUCAACUCUGCCCCAACUGCCCAAAGUGGUCGACACCCAUCUGGAAGUAGACUAA